AUGUGUGAUUUUCUCAAGUCUCUCUCGUCAUUGGAAUUGACACCAUACAAUACCUUCCUCUAUGCUGCGCUCGUUGUCGGUGUCGUCAAGGUAACAACAACUGUUCUCUCCUUUACCUCACUGCUUUUGCAAGCAUACGUCUUGCCUGGCGUCAAUUUUGCAAAGUACGGUGCUAACAGAGGCAAUUGGGCUGUGAUCACCGGUGCCUCAGAUGGUAUUGGUAAGGAAUAUGCGUUCCAAUUAGCAAAGAAAGGUUUCAAUAUUGUUUUGGUUUCAAGAACACAGUCCAAACUCGAGACUGUUGCAAGUGAAAUCCAAAGUAAAUACAAGAAGGAGACUAAGAUCGUUGCCUUUGAUGCUUCAACUAAUGCUCCUGAAAACUAUCAAUUGUUAGAAGACUCCCUUCAGGGUUUACCGGUCUCAAUCCUAAUCAACAAUGUUGGAGCAUCGCAUUCCAUUCCCGUUUCAUUCUUGGACACAACGGAAGAAGAAAUGAACCAAAUCAUCACUUUGAAUAAUAUUGUCACUCUUAAAGUUACCAAGAUUGUUGCCCCUUUGAUUGCCGCAAAUACCGGCAAAAACAAGGGUACUCGUGGUUUGAUUUUAACUAUGGGAUCUUUUGCAGGUUUAGUUCCAACUCCUUAUCUCAGCGUGUAUUCGGGUUCCAAGGCAUUCUUGCAGAAUUGGUCUGCAGCUCUCUCUGGAGAAUUGGCGUCUCAAUCUAUUGAUGUUGAAUUAGUCAUUUCUUAUUUGGUUACAUCUGCAAUGUCUAAGGUCAAGAGAAGUUCAUUCAUGAUUCCAACCCCAAAGCAAUUUGUUGCUUCUACUUUGAAAAAUGUCGGUAGAAGAGUUGGUGCACAGGAAAGGUUUGGUACAAUUACUCCAUACCCUUCACAUGCGUUGAUGCAUUGGGGUAUUGCCAACACCUUAGGUGUCUUCUCUAAAUUUGUUAACAAAAUGAACCUUGACAUGCACAAAGACAUUAGAAAAAGAGCACUAAAAAAGGCAGCUCGUAUAGCUAAUGAAAAGAAGGAAUUAUAA